AUGGAGCGGCCCCGGGCAGCCGCGCACGGCCUCGGCCUCCCCCUCCUCCUCCUCGUCCAGCUGCUGCCGCCCGCCAGCCUCGGCCAGGACCGGCUGGACGCGCCGCCGCCGCCCGCCGCGCCGCUGUCGCGCUGGCCCGGGCCCGUCGGGGUGAGCUGGGGGCUGCGCGCCGCCGCGCCCGGGGGCCCCGGUCUCCGCGCCGGCCGCUGGCGCCGCAGCGCGCUCCAGGACGACCAGGACUGCGGCCGCGUCCGGGACGUCGUGGCCAAGCUGGCCAACAACACGCACCAGCAUGUGUUUGAUGAUCUCAGUGUCUCAGUAUCCUUGUCCUGGGUUGGCGAUGGCACUGGGAUCAUUCUAGUCUUGACUACCUUCCAUGUACCACUGGUAAUUAUGACUUUCGGACAGUCCAAGCUAUAUCGAAGUGAAGACUAUGGAAAGAACUUUAAGGAUAUUACAAAUCUCAUCAAUAACACCUUCAUUCGGACUGAGUUUGGCAUGGCUAUUGGUCCUGAGAAUUCUGGAAAGGUGAUUUUAACAGCAGAGGUAUCUGGAGGAAGUCAUGGAGGAAGAAUCUUCAGAUCAUCAGAUUUUGCAAAGAACUUUGUUCAGUCCAAUCUCCCUUUCCAUCCUCUGACUCAGAUGAUGUAUAGUCCUCAGAAUUCUGAUUAUCUUUUAGCUCUCAGCACUGAAAAUGGCCUGUGGGUGUCCAAGGAUUUUGGGGGAAAAUGGGAAGAAAUCCACAAAGCAGUAUGUUUGGCCAAAUGGGGUUCAGAAAACACCAUCUUCUUUACCACCUAUGCGAAUGGCUCCUGCAAAGCUGACCUUGGGGCACUGGAAUUAUGGAGAACUUCAGAUUUGGGGAAAAGCUUCAAAACCAUUGGUGUGAAAAUCUACUCAUUUGGUCUUGGGGGACGUUUCCUUUUUGCCUCUGUGAUGGCUGAUAAGGAUACAACAAGAAGGAUUCAUGUGUCGACAGAUCAAGGGGACACGUGGAGCAUGGCCCAGCUACCUUCUGUGGGGCAGGAGCAGUUCUACUCCAUUCUAGCAGCUAAUGAUGACAUGGUGUUCAUGCAUGUAGAUGAACCUGGAGAUACUGGAUAUGGCACAAUCUUUACCUCAGACGAUCGAGGCAUUGUCUAUUCCAAGUCCUUGGACCGACAUCUCUACACCACUACAGGUGGCGAGACAGACUUUACCAAUGUGACCUCCCUCCGUGGGGUCUACAUAACCAGUGUGCUCUCAGAAGAUAAUUCCAUCCAGACUAUGAUCACUUUUGACCAAGGAGGAAGGUGGAAGCACCUGAGGAAGCCUGAAAACAGUGAAUGUGAUGCUACGGCAAAAAACAAGAAUGAGUGCAGCCUUCAUAUUCAUGCUUCCUACAGCAUCUCCCAGAAGCUAAAUGUUCCGAUGGCCCCACUCUCAGAGCCUAAGGCCGUCGGCAUAGUCAUUGCCCACGGUAGUGUAGGGGAUGCCAUCUCAGUGAUGAUCCCGGAUGUGUACAUCUCAGAUGAUGGGGGUUACUCCUGGGCGAAGAUGCUGGAAGGACCCCACUAUUACACCAUCUUGGAUUCCGGAGGCAUCAUUGUGGCCAUUGAGCACAGCAGCCAUCCUAUCAAUGUGAUUAAGUUCUCCACGGAUGAGGGUCAGUGUUGGCAGACCUAUAUGUUCACCAGGGAGCCCAUCUACUUUACCGGCCUAGCUUCAGAACCUGGAGCUCGGUCCAUGAAUAUCAGCAUUUGGGGUUUCACAGAAUCUUUCCUGACUCGCCAGUGGGUCUCCUACACCAUUGAUUUUAAAGAUGUCCUUGAAAGGAACUGUGAGGAGAAGGACUAUACCAUAUGGCUGGCUCACUCCGCAGACCCCGGGGAUUAUGGAGAUGGCUGCAUCUUGGGUUACAAGGAACAGUAUCUGCGGCUCCGCAAGUCGUCCGUCUGCCAGAACGGCCGGGACUAUGUUGUGACCAAGCAGCCGUCCGUCUGUCCCUGCUCCCUGGAGGACUUCCUCUGUGAUUUUGGCUACUUCCGUCCAGAAAAUGACUCCAAGUGUGUGGAACAGCCAGAACUAAAGGGCCACGACCUGGAGUUUUGUCUGUACGGCAGAGAGGAGCACCUGACAACAAAUGGGUACCGAAAAAUUCCAGGAGACAGAUGCCAAGGUGGCGUGAAUCCAGUUCGAGAAGUAAAAGACUUGAAAAAGAAAUGCACAAGCAACUUUUUGAGUCCUGAAAAGCAGAAUUCCAAGUCAAAUUCUGUCCCAAUCAUCUUGGCCACCGUGGGAUUGAUGCUAGUCACAGUCGUAGCUGGGGUGCUCAUCGUGAAGAAGUACGUCUGCGGGGGAAGGUUUCUGGUGCAUCGAUACUCUGUGCUGCAACAGCACGCAGAGGCCAACGGCGUGGAUGGUGUGGACGCCCUGGACACGGCCUCCCACACUCAUAAGAGUGGUUAUCAUGACGACUCAGACGAGGACCUCCUGGAAUAGCUCCUCAGAGGAGCUGGGCCCGAGCACGGAUGAUGGAACCGCAGUACCUCUCACACUCCCUGUGGCUCCGACUUGGGGGAAUAAAUUUCCCAUUGCGAGAGACCCAGCUCUGUUUCUGCUGCUUCCACCAAAGCCAAAAGGACCUGCGCUAAAGAAAUGCAGCCGGGGGAGGGGGGGGGAACCCUAGGGGGGACCCUAAGCACUCAUGAUUGGCUCUGAGAAAGGGGGGGAAACUUUAAAUUCUUGAACUUUUUGUUUCAAGUUCUGUCUUUUUGCAAAGUGUGGGUUCUUUUGGUUUUGUUUUUGUUUUGUAAGGGAAAUGAAAUGGGAUUGGAAGGGACCGUUUCACUAACCCCCCUCUUGCAUGUUUUGCAUGGCGCCUGCCUCAGGGCACCUGCCAACCCCAGCAUCAACUCUCACAAAGCACUCGGUGCUGUCCCUGGGCUCUGCUGGUGACCCGAAGCAGCUGCUGAGAGGGACUCGGGGGCUGCAAUGACUGGCACAGCCUGGCGGCCUUUCCCUGGCCGGGGACAGCCCUGUCCUGAGAACGCCGCACACCGGCUCCUCACACACACCCGGCCUUUGCUUGCUUGCUUUUUUUGGGGACCAUAGACUGCAGUGGUGUUUCUUCCCCCCUGUUUAAUUAGGCAAUACCCUCGUUAAUUGCCCUUUGGCAACUGACUUAACCAUGUGCUUCCAAAACACUAAAUCAGGAAAACUGAAAGGGCAAUAUUUUUAACUUGGGGCAGGAAGUAGAGAGCAGCAGGGAAUCGACUAGAUUUAACACCUAUUAAAGGACAAAUUCUUGAUUCUUCCAAGAUCUCUCCAGCCGUGCUUCGUGUUUGUGCCAGUGGACUUGCUCAAGGAUAGGCUUAGGGUCUGCCCCGGAUGUCUGCCCAGGCCGAGUCGUCUCUCUGCUGGAGCCGAGGGAGGGUGCCUGGUGUGUCCCCUGAGGACUGAGCAUCACAGUCUCCCAUGUCCUCUGCCGCCCAUUGGCACGGUGGUGAAUCCUUAGGAUGGCCACUUACUUGCUUGCUUCCUCUUAGAUUGCCAUUGUACACGGAGCCAGAACUAGACGUGUUUUCAGAUUUGUAGGCUAUUUUUUUAAAAAUCAGGAUUUUUAUUACCAGGCUCUCCUCCUCACCCCUUUCCCCAGCUUUGCCAAGUAAUUUGUGGGCAUGAAACUUGUGGCUAAAUCAACUGAAGACACACUUGCAGCACAGGUGAUGUUUUAGGUGAUGCAUUCAGUUCAUAUUUUAAAUUUCAGGAAGUUUUCCAUUUGACAUUUUUUCAAAUCAAGUUAAUAGUAGAAUGUAGCGAGGUGGAUUUUUGGUGGCUACAUAGUACUGGAAACACUGCACUAAGUAGUUUUAAUACAGCUUGACCAUUUGCUAUCCAGGAAUAUAGUAUGGUACAUUCUUGGUCUUGGUGUCCCUACUGUGCUGGCCACAGCUUCUCCCAGUAAUUAUGAUUGGGACGUUCUUUGGUAACUGCCAUUUUGCUGCUAGUUCAUUUUAUGGUGAUAAAGUCACGAAAAAGUAAACGUGCCAAAUCAACUUUUGUCAGAAUGUGUGAGCAGAUGGCUAUGUUCUGUCCUCCCCAGAAUGGAUUAACAGCAGCAGGGAAAGUGGGAGAGGGGGUGGAUGGAGAAGGUUAGAGACUUCGAAGCUGCAGCAGAAUUAAAUGAGUCAGAGAGCUUCAAGCUAGGGCGGUUUUGUGAAGAGAAUUCAUAUUUGUUCGAGCCAGAGAGCACUGGUCUUUUAGGAAAAGCUCUUUCAUUUUGCAUAGUUUUUAAAUUUGAAAAAAAUUCCAAAGAUAGACCAGCUCACAAAUGAUAAAGCAUCGGUCUUUGUCCCGGUCACCCUCACCUGCCCAAAGUGAAUCUGAUGCCCAGAAAAGUCCCACUCCUGCUGCACACCUUCUCCACUGCAGCACACACCCGCUGGGGUAGAUAUGCCGGUAUUUGGUAAUUCUCUGAUUCGUUUUAGGACGUAGGAAAGCUAAUCUUCUCUAACCAAAUAAGGUUAGAACUCUGUGCUUAUAAUAGUAUCUGGGAUUUCUUUAGAACUUAGCAAUUUUCAGAGUACUUUCGCUUGGCAUCAUGUCAUUGGAAGCUUACAACAUUCUCAAUGAGAUUUCCUCCUUGAAGUCAGGGGCUUGUCAUUCCCAUUUUUCAGGAGACAGAGCUGAGAUACAAAAGGAGUCCAUCGUCCAGGGUCCCUGUGUGUAUCGUGAGCCAUGUUGGUUGGUCGUCUUCAGAGCUCUCGACCGUUUUUAGGUGUGCAGGUGUUGCCUACCUGGAGCAAGCCGGGCUCCUUUCUGAUGGAUGACUUGCUGUUCUCUAGGAGAGGGGUCAGUGGCAUCUCUGCCAGAGCCAGUAUGUGGCGCUUUUUUGCCACGGUGGUAAACAGAAAAUUUUAUUCUCCUGUUUUUCAUGCCAAAAAACAAAAGUUAGUGGUCAUUUUGAAUAUGUGUUUAGAAUCUGUCCCUCACCUAGUCGUGGGAGUAGGCUCUCCCUUAAUGAGCCACCCUUCUCCCAUAUUGUUUUUUUUUUUUUUUUCCUCAUCCCUGGUUGGCUGGCUAGUGAGCCCCGUCAUUUGGAGGACUGCUGAUAAGCCUGGCUGACCCCCUUCAUUGGCUAGUUAGCUUCCCAUCUCAGCCUGCUCACCCACAAAUGGAUGCCCUCAGCCAGAAAGUCUAACAGCUAAAAUCCAUGGUAGCUUCGAAGAGAAAACAAUUUCUAAUUUGUUCUACUGAUGUUAGGUUAGGAGCAUUAUCUUUGAAACUAAAGCGUAGCUUGUCCUUGUAUAAAAUCCCAGGUUUGAUAGUAGCAGAAGAGAUUAUUUCUGGAGGUUUCAGCAAUAGAAAUUGAGCACUGCAAGAUACGUUGGACAUAGCAAACUGUCUAAAGUGGUCUGAGCUUUUAAAUCCAGGUGGAGAACUCACCAUCCCUCACCUGUGACUGGCAUCUUGGACCUAAGGGGGCUUUUGGUGUUUAUUGAGUCCAGAGACCAGGGGUGCAUGCACCUAGGCUGGUAGUUGAAUGGGGACACAAUUUAGGAGAGAAAUAUCCAGAGUGUUCUGGCAGCUUCUAAGCUGGGCUCAGGAGAUUGAAUAGAUUAGCUAUAACUGAAAUCUAGAACUUGCCAUCUGCCUCUGAAAAGGCUUUCAGGUGCGUAACCCUAGUCCUAGGUUUGCCUCUGGGCCUCUCCGUGUCCACGCUGCCCUUUCAUCCCUGACACAUUAGUAGCAAGCUAGCCACCUGCAGCCCCUGCACUGGCUCUCUAAACUGUAGCUGGUUCCCCCAAGGCCUUGGUCACAGUACCAGGAUACAGAGAGGAGUGCAGGCUGGCUGCACCCACCCCGGGGUGGCAAGGCCGGCCAGCGCUCUGUAUUCUAGGCCAGUCCUCCUAGUAGAGAGGUCCUCUUUCCCUUCAGCAGAGCUCUCUAAAGAACCCUGCCUCCAUAUGCAGUGGUUUGGAGCUCUUCCACUCAUCAUUGGUACAUCCUCCUCACCCCAUAUGAAGCCUGGAUACUUGGCACUGCUAAAAUAAGGAAUUCAGCUUUUCAGCGUCGCUACUACCUGGCCUCAAGCAGGGAGAUAAACAUGGACUUAAAUGUCCUUUGAACAAAACCAAAGUGUAAGAUGAGCCGCAUGAGGGAGUGCUUGGGAGGGCCAGACCUUCGGCACUGGCCCCGGGCAGGUGCCAGACUUUCUGUUGCACCUGCCACUCGUGUGCCCAGCAGCCCUGGGAGCAUCGUCCUGCCCGAGGAGAGCCAGGCCUUGCCCUCGUGGAGGCUGACAUAGCAGGAGCAUGUUGAUUCCUCCGUUAUGUUGCAUUAUAACAAUAAGAAUCAGAACAUUAAUUUGAAACUGUCUAGAGCAACUUGCUGUGUGCAUUUUUUCACACCAGUACAUUCUUAAGCAUCCUUGUUUAUAUAGAAUAACAGAAACUAAUCUGUACCUUUAUAUAUAUAUGUACAUAUAUACAUGUAUAAACUGUAUAGUGUACAUGGUAACGAUCUAUUGAUACGUCCCACACCGUCACGCGGUUCUCAGCCUCCGCAUGCCCUCACUUUGCGGUCGGGUAACUUGAAUGUGCCCUGACGAUUCUGCUCACCUCCGUGUUUGGACGUUUAGGGAAGGAGGGUUUUGGUCGUACCCUCCUUAUCCUCACGCACAGAAAUGCUCAGGGUCCCCAUGUGCCUGCUGUUCACCCCUCUCUUGCGUCUCAUUCCCUUUCUGAGCAUGUGGCCCUUCCCGGUCCUGUAACCUCUCUGCCCCCUCCCCAGGCUGGGGGCAGCUGCCUUCCUCCUAACGUGUAAAGCAGUAUUAACAUCAUUACUGCAUGUGCGCUAAAAACCCAAGUCUUCUGUUCCUUGGGACAGAACGUUGCAUGUGGGGUGGAUGAUCAAGUUUCUGUGACCCAUGUCAGUUACACAGCAAAGCCAGACCCCAUAGCAAAAUCCCACAAAAUGGAAAUCAAACUUAAAUUUCUUUAUUAGCAUUGUGUAAAUAAAUCUGGAUGUGUUUAACUUUGUACUGGUAAUUUUCUGUAUAUUUGCAAUAUUUGGGUUAGAAAUAAAACAGACUGGACUUUGUUACCUGA